AUGCAAACACAAGUAUAUGAGGGGUUGUGUGAAAAUUAUUUUUCUCUUGCUGAACCACAAAGACAUAGAAUCAAAGUGCUUCUUUUGGACAUACUGGCUUUCUUUCUUUCUUUUUUUCUUCUGUCUCUUCUAUUUCUUGUGGAUAUUAUGGCUAAUAACACAACAAGUUUAGGGAGUCCAUGGCCAGAAAACUUUUGGGAGGAUGUCAUAACGUCCUUCACAGUGUCCAUUGCAAUUGUGCUCGUCAUCGCAGGAUUUAUCUGGGCUCUGUUUGUUUGUUUGUCUCGAAGAAGAGCCAGCGCCCCCAUCUCACAGUGGAGCUCCAGUCGGCGAUCAAGGUCCUCGUACCACCACGGCCUCAGCAGAACUGGAUUUUACCGCCACAGUGGCUGUGAACGACGGAGUAACCUCAGCCUGGCCAGUCUCACCUUCCAGCGACAAGCUUCCCUGGAACAAGCGAAUUCCUUUCCAAGAAAAUCAAGCUUCCGGGCUUCCACUUUCCAUCCCUUUCUGCAAAGUCCCCCACUUCCAGUGGAAACGGACAGUCAGCUGAUGACUCUGCCCUCCCGCAGCACGGUUCCCGCCAUCAGCCCUUCGCACAGUCUGGGCCGCCCUGAUUUCCACUGGUCCAGUCACAGUCUUCGAAUGGGCUUUUCCACCCCGCCUCCACCUGCCUAUGAGUCAAUUAUAAAGGCGUUCCCAGAUUCCUGAGGACCUGCUGUUGUUUGUUUCUUCCUUUACUUGCCUUUUACUGACACAAAAUUACAACCAGGCUGAACGGGAUUUUGAGGGCGUGGCCCAAACAGAUAAUGAGUUGC